ACCGCCCGUCCGCCACUCGAACACCCCCAUACGACGUCUCGUGAGACCCCACGAGCAUAUGCGACAACCGUGAGCGUGCCGAGUGUGCUGUGUUCUGCCCGAGAGCGCUGCGUGGCGACGACGGAUGCCGCCCUUGCGAACGUGCGCGACGCCCGUCAGCCUCACCCACCAUCACCCUCGAGUCCACGCACGCCGCCUAUAGCCGUUGCUGCCGCCUGCAAUGGAGGCGCCCGCGCCCGCGCCCGCGGUGCCUGCACCCCCAGAGGUCUUGCCGUCGGUCGAGACGCCCACCCACCAGGAUGCACACGACGACGUUGCGAACAAGCCUGCGCUGACACCGCCGACGAGCGAAGACAUGGACAAGCGGGACGAGAGGCUGUCGUCGGAGCUGUCAGACAUAGACAGCGACGAUGGCGAGGACAUUGAGCCCGACCAUUACUGGGACGGCGGCAAGAUACCUGUCUUCAAGCCGACAAUGGACCAGUUUCGCAACUUUCGACGCUUCAUUGACAAGAUCGACAAGUACGGCAUGAAGUCUGGGAUCGUCAAGGUCAUUCCCCCAACCGAAUGGCGCGAAUCGCUGCCCGACCUGAGCGAGGCCGUGAAGACGAUCAAAGUCAAGAACCCCAUCACCCAGGAAUUUGCCGGCCAGCACGGAAUCUACACACAGGCAAAUAUCGAGAAGCAGCGAUCAUACAAUCUGCCUGAGUGGAAGGCAGUGACGGAGGAAGCCCACCACCAACCGCCAGUCAAGCGGGGCGAGCGUCGGAGAGCUGCCGCUGAAGCCCCGUCGCGCAACCGCUCCACCAGAGCUCAGACCAACACCGCAACCGCCGACGCUUCACCCGCCAUGAAACGUGGGCCUGGCCGACCGCGGCGUGGCCGCGCCGCCAAGAAGGAAGAGGUCGAUGACGAUGACACUGCUUCGAUUGAUGUUCCGCCAACGCCAAAGUCCCCCGGUCCGGAGGACGACAAGAAGACGUCGGUUAGGAAGAUCAAGGAAGAAGAACGUGAGGAGUCGCCGGUACGAGCACGUGGCCGCCAGCCGCGCGGCCGUCAACCAAAGGGCGACACGAAGAAGUCGACUACAUCUCGCCGCAUGAACAACCGGACGGCAAUUGCUGAUUACAUUGACGAAGCUGCUUUUGAAAGCUUCAACUACCAUCUCGAGAACUUGGCUGAAUUCGGGCCUGACCGCUGCAAAGAGUUGGAAGAGAACUACUGGAAAACCAUCAACUUCGGUCAGCCAAUGUACGGAGCCGACAUGCCUGGCUCUCUGUUCGACGACAGGACGACAAGCUGGAACGUGGCGAAGCUUCCGAAUUUGCUUGACGUUCUUGGGACCAAGGUGCCCGGUGUCAACACCGCAUAUCUGUACCUGGGCAUGUGGAAGGCUACCUUCGCAUGGCAUCUGGAGGACGUUGAUCUAUACAGUAUUAAUUACAUCCAUUUCGGCGCUCCCAAGCAAUGGUACAGCAUCUCGCAGGAAGACGCCCGACGCUUCGAAGCGGCCAUGAAACAGAUCUGGCCUAACGAUGCAAAGAAUUGCUCGCAGUUCCUGCGCCACAAGACCUACCUCAUAUCGCCGCAAAAACUUGAGAAGGACUUCAACAUCAAGGUCAACCGACUGGUCCAUUACGAGGGCGAAUUCGUCAUCACAUACCCUUACGGCUACCACUCCGGGUACAAUAUUGGUUACAACUGCGCUGAAUCGGUAAAUUUCGCCAACGAAUCCUGGCUGAGCUACGGCAGGAUUGCUAAGAAGUGCGAAUGCGAGUCUGACAGUGUCUGGGUCGAUGUAAAUGAGAUUGAGCGCAAGUUGCGCGGCGAGCCAACGCCGGAGUACAUCGAAGAGACUGAUUCUGAGGGUGAAGACGAGAUUGAUCACUUGCCAAGUCCACCUCCCAGCGUUGCUGGCAAGGCCAGGGGGAAACCUGGACGAAGGCCCGCAGGCAACAAACGCAAGAGGGGCAACAAGGAACCCGAAGACGCUCCCAAGCCGAAGAAGGUCCGACGUAUUCGCAUUCGCAUCAAGGUGCCUGGUCGUGGGAUGCCUUGUAUCCUAUGUCCAAAUGACGUUGAGUACGACGAGCUUCUGCCGACGGAUAAUGGCAUGAAGGCGCAUCGCAUCUGCGCAGACUACACCCCGGAAACCUACAUCUUGAACAAGAACGGUGUCGAAACCAUUUGCAAUGUCGCCAAUAUCGGCAAAGAUCGCUUGGAGCUCAAGUGCAACUACUGCCGCUCAAAGCGUGGAGCUGUCUUCCAGUGUUCGCAGAAGAAGUGCACGCGCGCUUUCCACGCGACCUGCGCCAUGGCUGCCGGUGUUCAGGUGGACCUUGGGCCAAUGCCGACUUUCGACGAGGAGGGCACCGAAUACUACUACGAUGGAUACGAUUUCCGAUGCCGUUUCCACCGACCGAAGAAGCGAAAUAACAAGACCGUUGACGUGGAUUACCUUGAGAAAGAUAAGUUCGUCAUGAACUUUGCGAAGGGUCUCAAACCGAAGGACGCUAUUCAAUUUCAAUAUGUUGGUGGCGAGAUGUACCAAAUUUACGGUGGCCUGGUGGUCGAGAACCGUUCCGGAGAGCAGGCUUUGGUCGUAGACGUACUACCUGACGGUGACCGCGUCGAAGUGGAGUGGAAAUACAUCUUGAAGCUCGCGCCAGAAGACUCGCAGCGACCGAAACCUUCAGCCAACGCCAAACCGCUGCCCGAACAUCUCAAGGAGAACGAUGCCUCGCUUGACAUUAGCAACCGCACCGAUGGCGUUCCCGAGGUUGGCGAUCCUUUCCACGAUCCCAACUCGGAGCAGAAAUGGGCCGAGUUCAACACUGCUCCGGACGUGAUCAAGAAGAUCUCCAAAGUGGACUUCAGCAAACCUGACCGCCUGUGGCACUAUUUGGGCAAGAACUCGACUGAAGCUAGGCCACAGUAUACGGACGAUCUGUCGAAACGCGUGCACAACCCGAAGAGCAACUUCUUGGAUAGAGUUAAACCUCCAGCGCCGAUCGUUCCGAAUUACCAAUACCAAUACCAACAGCGCUCGUAUCCGGCGACGUAUCCCAUCAAGCCUGCGCCAGUGUCUUACCAACCUCAAACACCCAUGCAGCAGCAACCGAAGCCUUACCAAUACAAGCCCAAGGAGUCGAUGAUGACUACUUUCAGAGCUCCAGCUUACCAACCAAAUACAAGCAAGAACCCCAAUUCGCCCGUUGCGCAUCAGCCGAAUGUCACCUACGACCAUCGGUCUCCCGGUUCUCCCUAUGGGCAAACAGCCUAUCAACAGAGCUACCACUCCUCACGGCCGCCGCAGGGCGGCUACAUACCCUACGCUCCGCCACAACAAUGCUCCACUCACGCGAAGUCGCCGUCAACAAGCGGACCGCCGCCGCUUACUGGUUUCCACCAUUAUGCUCAGCCGGCUCCGUCACCAAACUCAGUACCGCCAAAUUUGUAUCACCUGCCUCCUUCGCCGUAUUCUCAGAGCCAAGGACCUGUACCGCGACCCGUCUACAGUCCGUCUGCAGGCCGACCUGGCUCACAAACACAGUUUCACAGCGGCGUGCCAGUGCCCCACACAAUGAGUAACCCCGCCGGGACCUCCAAACCUCCAAUUCCAAAUGGUGGGUUUACGGCCGAGUGGGCUCCAAAAAUACCUACAGCAACCAGCGGAACCCCGAAUGGGAUGCCGCCCAUGCGAUCGGAUCAAUCAAGUCCUGGUAUGGGUAUAAAGUUCGGGGGAAUGAUGCCCCAGAAUUUACCUAUGCCGAGGCCAACUGCACAGUUCCAGUCGCCAGAUGCUUUUCGGCAAGAUCUAAACAAAGCACCUCGGCCCCUAUCGGGAGCGCCGAAAUGGGAGACGAUGCUCAAACAUCUCGGGAACACACCUGAGCAACCAGCUCCAGCAGGCACGACGGCCUCGCAUAGUCCACUACCUACUUUGGCUCCAGCCCCGGCGAGCCGACCAUCGUCGCGUGCCCCACCGCCUACUCUUGCUCCCUCGCCCAUGGCGCCACGUCCUCCGAGCGCGUCGCAACCACCCACCAAGAGUGACACGCCUUCCGUGAUCGAUCCUGCGCUUCAGAGCUAUACGCCGCCUCAGGCUCCACCCAGCACGGCUGCACCGGCGAUACCCACCCCGCCUGGCGAGAAGCCGAAUACACCCCAACGGCCGGAGUAUAGUCCUAUCAGCGAUAAUGGAGAUACGAAACCGCCGCCGGCGGUGCAUGCUGGGGAGACGUGGAGGUAUACUUCGUAGAAAUCUGCAGCGUUUGAGGGGCGUUUAUGUGGUUGUCGUGUUGCCACACUUGUAUGAGUAUAGCGCUUACACAUGGGAAAAGUAAUACUUCAUGCAUAUGGCUAUUUGUUUGCGAGGCAUUCUUCGUGGCUUUUGCAAUCGGUGUUUGGGCGGUAUGGACACAUCCCAAUGGCAUAGGUCAAAUGGGAUGCCACGUAGGCGUGGCAGGAGGGUUCAAUAAAUACAUGAUCGUUCUGCUUG